UUCCCUUUCUCUUUGUUUUUGUUUGUUGCCUCUUCAAAAUUUCUUCUGCAUUUUUUCGAUUCCGAUUUCCUUUAAUUACGCCAUUCCUUUUUUGGAAUUGGCUGUGAUUUACAUUUUUUCGAUUUGAUGGAACAACGCAGAGACUUUCACCGUCGUACUGCUCAUCUGGCACAUGCUUCUCCUCCUCCUGGUUACUUUGUCCGCCUGGGAAAUACAAGCAAAGACGAUUUAUAUUUGAGGAAGAGAACAAGGAUGCGUCGCUGGCUUUGUUGCACUUGUCAAGUGGAAGAGCCUUACCCAUCAAAUGAAAAUGACCACCUCAAAAGCCCCCGGAAUUAUGGAGAUGGCAACUCAAAAGGCUCAAAGGCUUCAGCUCCUGUCAAGCAUGAAACACAAAAAGCACCACCACCUAUCGAAGUUCCUGCAUUAUCCUUAGAUGAGCUCAAGGAGAAGACUGACAACUUUGGAUCAAAGGCAUUGAUUGGUGAAGGAUCAUAUGGAAGGGUGUAUUACGCAACCUUAAAUGAUGGAAACGCUGUGGCUGUGAAGAAGCUUGAUGUUUCUUCUGAACCCGAAACAAAUAAUGAAUUUUUGAUUCAGGUUUCCAUGGUCUCAAGAUUGAAGAAUGACAAUUUUGUUGAGUUGCACGGUUAUUGUGUUGAAGGAAAUCUUCGAGUUCUUGCAUAUGAGUUUGCUACUAUGGGCUCUCUUCAUGACAUAUUGCAUGGUAGAAAGGGAGUUCAAGGGGCACAGCCAGGUCCAACUCUUGAUUGGAUACAGCGUGUUAGAAUUGCAGUUGACGCUGCAAGGGGACUAGAAUAUUUGCACGAGAAAGUUCAACCGGCUAUUAUUCACAGAGAUAUCAGAUCAAGUAACGUGCUUAUCUUUGAAGAUUACAAGGCUAAGAUAGCUGAUUUCAACCUUUCUAAUCAGGCCCCUGACAUGGCUGCACGCCUUCAUUCUACUCGAGUGUUGGGAACUUUUGGGUAUCAUGCUCCAGAAUAUGCCAUGACUGGCCAGUUGACACAAAAAAGUGAUGUCUACAGUUUUGGUGUUGUUCUUCUUGAGCUUCUUACAGGAAGAAAACCUGUUGAUCACACCAUGCCCCGAGGACAGCAAAGUCUUGUCACAUGGGCUACCCCACGAUUGAGUGAGGAUAAAGUGAAACAAUGCGUGGACCCAAAACUGAAGGGUGAAUAUCCCCCAAAAGGAGUUGCUAAGCUGGCAGCUGUUGCAGCACUGUGUGUGCAGUAUGAAGCUGAGUUUAGGCCAAAUAUGAGCAUUGUUGUUAAAGCACUGCAACCACUUCUGAAGACCCCCGCUGCUGCUGCUGCUCCUGCACCAGAAAGUUGAAGCCAAUGAAUUGAAGUUUAUAACUUCUCUUUGGAAUCUGCAUCUUUUGCACAGUUUGAGUCAAUAUCUCCAGAUUUCAUCAAAUACUACAAAUAUAUACAUAAUAAUAUAUAAUUAUAUUUUUGUUUGAGAUUGAAUGUGUAGGAUUGGAUUGGCUCGUUUCAUGUCAUUGUUAAAUUCCAUCUAUGUCUGACAUGGCACUUGCAAUGCUGAUAAUACAACAAUGGAUUUGGGUUUGGGUUGCGUGGUGGAUAUUUGUGGGGAUCAAACCUCGGAUAUUCUUUAUUUGUUUCUUGCAAUCAGACUGAGCUGAUACAUGACUUGAAAAACAUAUAUUUGUUUGACUUUUA